CCCAAAGGUCUGCUCAUGAACUUCCAAUGGUUGAAAGACAAGACAUUGAUAGCUGCCUUGUUUAUGGAGGACAACAGAUGAUCUUGACUGGCCAAAAUUUCACAGCAGAGUCCAAGGUGGUGUUCACAGAAAAAACAUCAGAUGGGCAGCAGAUCUGGGAAAUGGAGGCAACAGUGGACAAAGAUAAGAGCCAGCCUAGUAUGCUUUUUGUAGAGAUACCAGAGUACCGUAACAAGCACAUUCGCACAGCUGUGAAGGUGAAUUUCUAUGUCAUCAAUGGGAAAAGAAAAAGAAGCCAACCCCAGCAUUUUACCUAUCAUCCAGUACCAUCAAUCAAAACAGAGCCCAUUGAUGACUAUGAUCCAGCCUUAAUCUGCAAUACAGUACACAGUGGUCUGGGAACAGUAACACAGCCUUACUAUUCACAGCAUACAAUGAUCACUGAAUCCCCUUCCUGUCUUGUGGCCACUAUGGCUCCUUGCCAGCAGUUGCGCUCGGGCCUUUCUUCUCCUGAUUCUCGAUACCAUCAGCAGAAUCCAGCCGCUGUAAUAUACCAAAGAAGCAAGAGCCUCAGUCCGAGCCAGCUGGGCUACCAGCAAUCCAACCUGAUGGCUACACCAGUUGCUAUUUCAGAUGCCCAUAGGUCAGUACUGGUGCAUGCUGGUUCUCCAGGCCAAACUUCAGCGGUGCUCCACCACUCUCCAGGCAACCAGCAGUCUUCUCCAGUGAUUCACUAUUCUCCAACCAACCAGCAGCUGAGGUGUGGAAGUCACCAAGAAUUUCAGCACAUUAUGUGCUGUGAAAAUUUUGUGUCCAAUGUUGCAAGGUCCAGCCAGCCCCAGGUCAGUCAAGCUCAAAGGUUAAGUCCCAGUUCAUAUCCUACCGUGAUUCAGCAGCAAACAGCCUCAGGCCAGCGAGCAGCAAAAAAUGGACCACCAGUUAGUGACCAGAAAGAAGUCUUACCAGCUGGAGUCACUAUUAAACAGGAACAGAAUCUGGACCAAGCAUAUCUGGAUGAUG